UCUCCCCGACGCAGGGAAGCUCUUUAAAAGGAGUCGGCGAGCCGCCGCUCUCGGCUCUCAGCAUGUUGCUCCCGCGCCACCUGCUCCUCCUGACUCUUUGGCUCGGCCUCCACGGCCGAGCGGAAACCGGGGGAGUCGUCGGGGGCCACGAGGCCGCGGCGCACAGCCGGCCGUACAUGGCGCUGCUGGCGGUGACGAAGGCGGACGGUGCGACCGGUUACUGCGGCGGCUUCCUUUUGACGCGGGAGUUCGUGAUGACUGCGGCCCACUGCCAAGCCAGCAACUACACGGUGUACCUGGGACUUCACAGUUACCGAAGGAAAGCUACAGCGCAGAAAUUAAGUGUGACUAAAUCACACCCACAUCAGGACUACGACGACAGUGACUUUAGCAAUGACAUUAUGCUUCUCAAGUUGAGCACCGAGGCAGAAAUCACCACCAGUGUGAAACCCAUUGCUUUGGAGACGGCGGACGUGGCCGGUCCCUGCCCGUGUGCCGUGUCCGGCUGGGGACAAACGCAGAUGGGCGGACGAGGCAUGUCCCUCGUCCUCAUGGAGGGCAUCGUGAAGCUCACCGACGCCGAGGACUGCGCGGAGCUCAAGAGUUACUGCUCCAAAGGAGCGACGGGACCCGGGGAGGGGGACUCUGGUGGGCCGCUGGUCUGUGGGGACGGGGGUGGAAAGGCGUACGGAGUGAUUUCCAGCUACAAUAAACUUUCGCAAACAUAUUAUUAUACCAAGAUUUCCAACUACGUGGAGUGGCUGGAUUCGAUACUGAAAAAUGGAACCCGAUCCGGCGUUUGAAUCGCACGGCUGAUCACAAUUCACGCCUUUUGCACUAAACGUCUGGACUCUUUUUGCUUCACGCAGAUUUAUUGGCGCUGUUUGAUACGAAUGACGCUUUUGGUUGAAUGAAAUCACCGAAAAUGCAGGUUUCUUUCAAGGCCUUUCAUGGCACACAAAUUCAGUGGUAUGAAACCCAAAAGGUUAAAUAGCAUUACUAGAUAUAGUAUAUGUAUGUCAUACACUGUACCGCUCUAAAAUGCAACAAUAAAUAAAGACUGUUUUUCUUUUGAAACACGA